AUGUUAGCUACACCAUACGUAAAGUUUGAUUACGAGAAAGUGUACGAGCCAGCCGAGGAUUCAUUUCUAUUAUUGGAUUCCUUAGAAAAAGAUCAGUCUUAUUUAGCAAAAAGGUUUCAUGACCAAUUGGCGGUUGUGUGUGAAUUAGGUCCAGGUUCAGGUAUUGUGACUACGUUUAUGAUGCAAAAUAAAAUGCCUUCUCAAAAUGCUAUAUACUUUGCACUCGAUAUUAACCCAUGGGCCAUACAGGCAACAGAGGAUACCGCAAAGCGAAAUGAUUGUGAUAGAAUUUACCUUGAACCUAUACAGUCCAACCUGACAAGUUCACUUAGACAUAGUGAGGUAGAUGUCUUGUUAUUCAAUCCUCCAUACGUUCCAGCCGAAACUAUACCUGACAUUCCAGAGACUAAAGAUGAUAUCGAUACAUGGCUCGACCUAGCACUUGUAGGAGGAGAAAACGGUAUGAAGAUAACACAACUUGUCCUUGAUAAUUUGAAUUCUACAUUAACAGCUAAUGGUGUGGCAUAUAUACUGUUUUGCGCUAGGAAUAAACCCGAAGAAAUUGUGAAAUCGAUGACUUCUCUUUGGAAUAUCGAACUCGUAGAACAUAGAAAGGCUGGUUGGGAAGUUCUUAGCGUGUAUCGUUUCUCCAGGAAAACAAUAUAG